AUGACUGGUAAGGGGAAGGAUGUUAAGCAGUGCUGGAGAUACGUGGACGAGCCAUUGGAUCCUGAGCCUGAUGAAGGAGCAGAGAUUGAAGAAGAUAAUGCUAACCCUGAGGAGAUACCAGACCCCCUAUUGGGUGAAGCUGAGGAAAAAACCGAGCAAGAGCCUGUGGAACGACCUCGGAAAACAUCAAAAUUUAUGACAAAAUAUGAACGUGCAAGAAUCCUGGGAACCCGUGCUCUCCAGAUCAGCAUGAAUGCGCCUGUGAUGGUUGAGUUGGAGGGGGAGACUGACCCACUUGAGAUUGCAAUGAAAGAGCUCCGAGAGAGGAAGAUACCAUUCACAAUUCGUCGUUACUUGCCUGAUGGAAGUUAUGAAGAUUGGGGAGUCGAUGAAUUGAUUGUUGAGGAUUCAUGGAAGAGACAAGUCGGAGGAACUUAACAGCUGAAGUGCUCCUUUGCUUACAGGCUUAUGAGGAGUGUUAUCUCUUGUUUCUGGUCGUCAUGCUCUGUUGAAAACUAAAGUUCUAAUGGGUAUUAUUUGUUUAAGUGUCAACUACUUGAUGGAGCUAGGGCUCUGAACUUGGCAUGCCUUGCCUAGUUUUUGUAUGUGAACCAGUAGGUCCUGAGACUCCAAAAGUUUGUUAAAGGGAAAUUGGAGUAUGUUCUCAAGUUUUCUGAGAAGGAAGGCUUUGCUCAUUUUGCAU